GAGCAGGGUAGAAAAGGUUGAAGAACGCUGAGAUAAACAGAUCUGCGAAGCUCUGAACUGAAACUUGCUCAACAAUGGCGUCUAAGCUACUUCUUUUCACCGUCUUUCUCUUUGAUAUCAUCGCUUUUGGCUUAGCCAUUGCAGCUGAGCAAAGGCGAAGCAUUGCGAAGAUAGUUGAAGACACAGAUGCAAAAAGAAACUACUGUGUGUAUGACUCAGACAUUUCAACUGGAUUAGGAGUUGGAGCAUUUCUCUUCCUUAUGGCUAGCCAGAUCCUCAUAAUGCUGGCUAGCCGCUGCUUCUGCUGUGGUAAGCCUCUGAGUCCCGGUGGUUCAAGGGCUUGUGCCCUCCUUCUUUUCAUAGCCUGCUGGGUGUUUUUCUUAAUCGCCGAGAUAUGCUUGCUGGCCGGUUCGGCUAGGAAUGCAUACCACACCAAGUACAGAACACUGCUUACUGAUACUCCUCCCUCUUGCCAAAUGUUGAGAAGAGGAGUGUUUGCUGCAGGAGCAGCUUUCACUUUCUUCACUUCCAUUGUUUCUCAGUUUUACUACGUCUGCUACUCGAGGGCUCGAGAGAACUUCCAAUCUUAUAACAAAGACGCCAACAUUGGCAUGAGUACCUACAAAUGAGAUUCGUAGAUGUCCUUUUCGAUCAUAUCCCGCUUCGAGAUAGUUUUGUUUUUCAACUUUCUGUGGUUUUCAAUCCAGUUUAUAGAAGCCCAUAGGUUGCCUUCUCUACUAUUCUAUGUUGUGAACAAAGUUUGUGGUUGAUAGUUUUUGUGUCGGUAUCGAAAAACAUUGCUUGUUUGAUUGUUUAGGCCAUUGUGAUGUCAGGCUGUAGGAAAUGUUGCUGCUAUGCAGAAGAUGGACGUUCAUGUUGCAAGGACAUUGUGUUCUUGAAAUAAUGAACUUUUGAAAC